AUGUGGACGAUUCAGCUUACCACUAGGAUUGCUGGCAAGCCACCAACAGCGUCAAGGAUCAACUAUUCGAGGUUCAAUGUUAGGAACCUUCGCACUCAGCCACGAGAUGCGGCACCCAACGCAAAUGACCAAGAAAUGCUCAUUGACCCCCCUGGAUUUGGUCUUGCAACGCCCCGUGAGCUUGUACAAUACCUCAAUCAAUUUGUGAUCGGCCAGGAAAAUGCUAAGAAGGUUCUUUCUGUUGCAGUGUUCAACCACUAUAAUCGUGUCAGAGCCAAUUUGGGGUAUUCUGAUCCUGAAUGCCACCCAGAUCCAUAUUCUGAGCAAGCCGGACCAGAUAUACCAAUAUCCACUGCUCAGUUGCGUCCCUUGAGGAAGCGCAUACCUUCCCUUUCAUUUCGUAGCCGUGACAGGCCUGUUUUGUUUGAAAAAAGCAACGUUCUCGUACUGUGCGAAAAACACUCCUUGCUCGGACACUGGCGAAGGUUCUUGAUGUACCGUUUUCUGUUAGCGAUGCUACCUCAUUCACCCAGGCGAAUGUCGGUGAAGAUGUGGAUAUGGCAAUUCAGCGAUUGCACGGGGAUUGUCUAUAUUGAUGAAGUAGAUAAGAUUGCACGCCGAUCAAGCUCUGGUACAGAAGGAUCAAGAGACGUCGGAGGGGAAGGCGUUCAGCAAUCCUUACUCCGAAUGAUGGAAGGAGCUGUAGUGACCGUUCAAGCUAAAGGUGGUGUUUCAGCAGAAAUUCCACCUCAGAAUUCUGGCGAUCCUCAUUCCAGAGGAGGGCAAAGGGCAACACAGGCUGCAUCUAAACCCGACGUUUACCAUAUUGAUACUUCAAAUGUUCUGUUUAUCCUGAGUGGCGCAUUUGUUGGAUUGGAUAAAAUCAUCAAACAACGUGUUGCCAAGGGGUCUAUCGGGUUUACCGCUAAUCUGUCGUCAGAUACGUCACUGCCCUUCUUUACUUCCAAUCGCAAAGCAACACCCAAUCCUCUUGAUCUCGUGGAAACUGGCGUUCAUCUAUUUCCCCAAAGAUUUAUUCCUGAAUUUAUCUCACGUCUUCCUUCGAUCACAACGCUGGCUCCGCUGACUAUACCUGACCUUCGAAAAAUUCUUACGGAAGUGAAGGGUUCUCUUGUUUCACAAUACACGGCUCUUUUUGGUUACUCUGGUGUUGAAAUUCGCUUCACAUCUGCCGCCCUCGACGAGAUUUGUAAGAAGGCUUAUGAACGUGGUGGUGGUGCGCGUGGAUUGCGAGGAAUCAUGGAACAGCACCACCAGGAUACUGGAAGAAAGGUCAGGCUGUCAAGUUCUGGGAAGCCUGGGCAACUGAAGAAGGACAUUACACCCAACUUUAAGGAGAUUGGUUCACGGUUGGAUCUUUGGGUACUAGACAAUCUCUUCGGGUGA